UAUGGUUAUCUACAGGCAAGGAAGCCACGGAACUGAGUCAGCUUUGGGCUAAUGAGCAACCGAACGAGAGCCCUAAUAAUGAUUGCGCGUUCGUUUAUAUGUCAGAAGUUUACACCGACUACUGCGGUGACAGUAAAUAUACUUUGUGCAUGGAAAUAGGUAAGAUAUUGAUAAAGAAUCUUUAUUUAAGGUAUGCAUUUUUAAAAAUGAUGUGUCAUCAACGGUAUUUUUUAAAGAUUUCUUUUAUCAUGCUUUUAUUGAAAAUACUUUGUUGCCAUUCAGACUUGGUUGUUACAGUUCUCUCAGUUUUCCGAAAAAUGAAACAGUCACUCCAAUCAAAAAAGUUCAGAAACAAAUGUAGAGAUUUUCUAAAAAUUCUGUUUUCCUAAUCUAAUUCAUUUCAAUAUUUUUUUUAGUUAAGAAUCGAAUAAGGAAAUUACAAAAAAAAAUUAAUUACUUUCUAUUACACAUGGAUUUCAGUAAUUUAUAAAUAAUUUUUAGUCCUUAUGUCCUUCUCUUAUGUUACAGAGUUAGCCACGUCUACCGCUGUGACCACCACGUCAGAUUUGACAGGUACUAACAAUUCCAUCAGAUAAUAAUAAUAAUAAAAUAUUAUAAGAUAACUGUAACGUUUAUAUGAUGUAACUUUUUUGGAUGGUGGCGUUUAUGGUUCAGUAUAGCUGCUCAUAAACGUUAGCUAAUAAUGUGGUGCUUUUCCUCAAAGCAAGGGAUGGCUUGUAGGGGUUGCAAAACCAGUCCCUUUGGCCCAAACUGGUAUUUUCGAUAUUGAUGUUUACGAAAACUGGUAUUUUCGGUAUGUAUAUAUAUAUAAUUCGCCAGCAAAGGUCAAACACAACCACGCAGGCUAUAUAGAGAUACGCCAGAGUGGGGUUAAAUAAUGAGUUCACUAGCGCGCAAAAUAUAAUUCCCGAUAACCACGCUAAAUGUUAUAUAUCUAGUUUAAAUAAUUCUGUUUGGGUCGUAAUAUUUUCUUUUCGGAAAUUAAAACAAAGUUUAGUUUCAAUACAGUCGAUAAUUCUGCUACAUUCUUUUUUUUUUAAAUUUCUCGCAGUAGUAAAACAAUUUAUCGUCUGGAUAUAACGCCUCCCAUAUCUAAUGGAUAGAGCAACCUAAGAGUUCAAACUAAUUUUUAUGUCACUAGAAUGAGAUAGGGCCCUUGACUGAGGAGAGAGGAAAGCCCUAGUUGCAGCUUUUCAGACUGUACGCAGAAUCCACCAGCAGACCGUCAUGCCGCGUGAGCAAAAACUUGCAAUGCUGAACCUCUGCAUUCGUAUACCCAAUUUAGCAGACAACUUAAAUUUAUAAGCUUAAGUAAAACAACUGAACUGUUAGUUGUUUACUAGUAGACUUCUCUAGCAAUUUGGCUGUCGACACGACAGUGGAAGACAUCGUAUCAUCCCACAGCCCAACCAACAAAGACGACGCAUUGUAUCUCAACGACGAGAUCUCAGACAAAAAAAAUAUUAAUAACCAGCGGUAUGAAUCAAUGCAGCUUACGUAAUGCAUAUUUCUAUUUUAUCUUCCGUUGUCCUCCGGCCCAUUUUCAAGGACUGUAACGGUUUUGUUGUUGUUGUUUUUUGUUGUUGUUUUUUUUUUGGGGGGGGGGAAUCUCUUAACACUACGUCAGUUGGAAAGUGCGCAGUUGUUGUUGGUUUGUUUGUUGUUUUUUUUUUAUCGCACAUACAACUUUUAAAGGGACAAAGAACUAUUUUAGUCCAGCGAUUCAUCAUUCAUUCAUUAAAAAAUUCAAAAUGAGGUGCCAGUCACUAUUAAGUUCCUUCUCUCACACAUGCAAAGAGUUCGGAUCGACCAUAGUCCUAUAGGGGUAAGCCUAAUGGAGCGGUAAAAUUUCCGAUAAGUUUGUUCUGAAAUUUCCAAAUCAUUGUCCAUUAGGAUGAAAGGCAGAAGUAACUUUACAGAGACAACCAACCGCGUGUCUACUAAGCGUACGUAUUCAGUAAGCACUACAGUAAUAUCACAUGUACUCGCCAUUAGCCGAAAUCAAAUUGCUUCCCCAAAGAUAACCACAGUGCACGCUGUACAAUCAAUAGCAAGAUACCUUGCCUUCCACUUUGGUUCAAGUACGGGCCAACAAUUUAGCUUAUGGUUUCCUUACUGACUAGAAUUUGUCAGAGCCGGCACACUGGUCGCUCUCCAAACAAAAUUUGAUGCAAGAUAAUGACGUGGGCAUAAAACCAUGAAGGAUGCGAACUUUAACACAAAGUGAUGACCAUUCAGAAUGGGAGGUUAAUAAUCUAUCCAAUAGGUUUAGAAGCUGUAAAACAAACAUGUUCUCAAAGUAAAGCAAAUGUCUUCAAAUGACAAGGAAAAAAAGUGCUUUUCCAUUGUGUUUUAACAGCCUACUAAUGGCAAAAUGAAGGCAUAAAAUAUAUUUAAAUUCUUCUCAAAUAAAACUAUUUUAAUGUUGUAUUACCUUUCAGACAUGCAUCAAAACGUAGCCACGUGACUAUUGUUUGUAAUCAGACGGUUUCCUAUAAUUUUAGUUAUAACACAUUCUGAAAUCGUUUUUGCACAAAAAAUUAUAUUUUGUUAAAUGCUUGCUUCACCUUCAACAAUUAAUUAAACUUAACAUUACAGGGCCGUGUCAAUGGAAGGAAUCAAUAUAUGUCGAAGGCUCAUGCUUUCUAUACUACAACACUACACAAAAGACCUAUGCAAAGGCAAAGGUAAACACUGUUUUAACCAGGUUUCGAAAAUGUCAACAACAAGUUUGUAUUUGAAUGUAUUGUAAUUUACCUUAAAUUGUCAUAGAAUUAUGAGGUUUUGAAAAAAGUUUAAUUUUAUACACAUGUAAUGUAGUUUACGUUAGACUUAAGUUAACAUUUAAAAAAAAAAAACAAUGUGAUGUUAAGUUUUGCAAAAGCGUAAUCUUUUAGGGAACAUUAAAUUUUAUUGUCAUCACCAUCUAAAUGGGGAAAACUAAAUUUGUUUGAAUUUUAUUACAUUUAAUUCAAAAGUGUAGUUCUCUAUUCAAUUGAAAGAUAAUAAAAUGUGUUAAAUAAUGGAUUAUUUUUUAAAAACAUCGUUGAAAAGACACACAAAGUAAAUGGAUGAUGAAAACCACCACCAAACACGUCCUUACAAAAACGACAUAAACUUUGACCAACUAAAUUACAAAGCAAAACUGAUCGGAGGUUAAAAAGAACAUUUAUGUGCACUUCAAAAUAACUCCCAAUAACAGUAAUGUUUUAUUUUCAUCCUUCAGCUUUAUUGCGAAAAUCUCGGUGGAGUAUUAGCUUCUGUAAACUUAACAAAACAAGUCAAGGACGGCUUGAGCUCAUUAUUAUCAGGUAAGUUUUGAAUCAUUAAGGUUAAUUUAUUUAUUUUUUUAAAAUCAUCAUUGAAAAUGUGCGCAUGAAAUUCAGAAUAAUUUUAACCUGAUACCCACGAUAGUCCUUAUGGCCAGCAGGUUAUGCCUCAGUGGUCUCCAACUCUCGAUUGGUCCCAUUGGGCAUAUUAAUAUAGUAUAUAUAUUUAGUUGUUGAGUUUUCGUUGUUUGUGACCUAAACUGAUUGGUUAGAUCUUGCCAGAUCAAGUAACCCUGCCACUGAAAAUGGUUGGGUGGCUUAAUAAGAGCGUAUAUUGAUCUACUGAUAUUAUUGAACCGGAUACAUUUAGAUAAAAAAAAUAUUUUUGGUUGUUAGAAAUUAUUGUAAUACCCCUGGACACCACCUUAAACACACGUGUAUCGUUUUUUAAUACAGUGUUUUGAUAUUUUAUUAAUGAGCACAAGAAAAUGAAAGAAAAGAAUGUAAAGCUAUAUCUAAAGGAAAAAAAUCAUGAAAUAAUUCAUACUGACUAUUUUCAACUUCACCCUUAAAUUCUUUAAAUAAAUUGUACAAAUACAAAUCUAAACAACAAUUCUAAAUACAGUAAUGUCAGUUUCUUUGAAAUAUCCCUUCAAAAUUUGGGCUCAAAUAGCUCAUUGGCAAUUCAUUAAAAAAAAUUAGCUGUUAGCAAGUAAAUUAAUUUUUUUUUAUAUUACUUAUAAACAAACUUCGAUGCUUCUGGGUGCUGUCCAUGGCUGGACAGGGGUAGGUAGUACUUUGGUGGGUGAUGUCAAACUUUCUUACAAAUUGUUGUUCUUAAAUGUAUAAUUUUAUGCACUUUCUAAUUUGUAAUUUGCUGUAUCAACAAGCUCAGAAAUGUUCUAUCUAUUAUUAAGAAUUUUAAUAGAUAUUUGGCUGCAAAAAAAAAAAACAAACACCUUCAGUUCUCUGGUACAUUAAGCAGUUGUUUUAAAUAGGUCGUAGUAGUCAUCCGUGCGAUCCCUUUCAAAGUUUAAGCCUAUCUGAGCAUUGCUAAGAAAUGGUAAAAUGUAACUAGGAAAAUCAUUUUUUUUUUUAAAUCUAAGAACAUUUGGAAGAUGUCGUAAAUAAGUGUUAAAAUUAUUUUUCAAUACAUCAAUCAUUUCCUCUGCAUUUAUAGUGAAUGCCAUUUAACUUGUAACAUGCCUGGAAUACUAUUCUAAGACAAUACAGAGAUCCAUAACCAGUCAUAAUACCACAUUUUUCAAAGUUUAUCAAAUCGUGCAUUAUCUUUAUGCAAUCUGCGCGACAUCUCUACCUAUAAUCAGUGGCGUAACUAAGGUUGGUAUCGCCAGGUGCUGUCUGCACCACAGCCCAGCUAAGCCACGGUCUAUAAUGUUUCCUAAUUUAAGCUCAAGUUAAUAAAAAUUGUAUGGAUGAAAGAUCAAAGAUGAAACUGGAUUUAAAAAUGAUACUAAAAUACAAAGCAUAAAAAAAUUACAUUUCCUUUUUUAUCUAAUUUAUAUGGAACGUACUCCACGUAACAAGCCAAUUUUCAGCAAUUAGAAAUUUAAAAAAAAAAAGGAUGAUUAAAUUAUACAAAUUUAAAUGUUCAUGCUGUCACUCGCCCGUUAAGGAAACUUACAGAUAUUAAUAAACUAAGACAUUUUCAUCAAUAUAUGUAUCUACACACUAGCUGGAGUAUCCAUUCUAGAGUUCUUUUGCACAAUUUCUUUUGCUGCUCUCGGACACUACUUCUCAGCUAAGUGCUAUAUGUUUUUGUAUGUAUAUUAUUUCUAUUUUUUCUGUUGUUGUUUGCUGACUAAGGCUUCCUGCCGACGCGAGUGUCUUACUACCCUUCUGUACAGACUUUCUUUGGCCUCAUAGAGUGUCUUACUACCCUUAUGUACAGACUUCCUUUGGAUUCAUGGGGUGGGGGCCCUAUAAAAAUCAUUCAGAUAAAUUAAAGAAUUAAAAUUUAAAAUUUGUCGUAUAAAAAUCGGAUAAAAAAUACCACUGUUAUAGCUUUUUAAAAUUAUGGAACUUUCUAGAAAAUUCUAUAUUGGCCCUGCAUGGUUUGGAUAGUCUUAGUAUAAAAUCCACUGACAUUUCAAAUAAGAACGAUGAAGUGUAUUGAUACCAAGCUUGGCCCAUAUCAAUCAAUUCACAUAGAAUCCACAGUGUUCUCUAAGCCGAUUGAUAUUUAAUUUAUAAAGCUUAAAUAAGUAAAAAUGAAAUGCCCAUCCCCCCUGGCCACAGAAGAAUGGAUAUUAUGAGUUCAGUACACUUCGGUAUUUGAAUAUGGAUGAUCAAGUAUAUGUGUACUAAGUUUGGUAAAGAUCCAUCAAUUCAUGUUUGACUACUAAGCUAAUUGAUAUUUAUAUGGCUUAUAUAACAAAAAAUGAAACGCCCACCCCCCCCCCGCCCCAGAGGAAUGGAUAUUAUGAGUUCAAUACCCUUCGAUAUCUUAAUAUGGAUAACUAAGUCCGGUUGUACUAAGUUUUGGUCAAGAUCCACCCAUUCAUGUAGGAGUAUGUUUUAGUUUUUUUUAAAAAUUCAUAUUAUACUCAUAUAGGAAAAAACGUCAUUUUGGGCCUCCAGCCCCAAACGGAAUGUUAUAAAAAGUUCAUAACCCCUUCAGAAAUCCUUAUGGAUGAUGAUGGAUAUGUGUGCCAAGUUUGGUCAAGAUCCAUCAAUCCAUGUAAAAGCCUUUGUGGAAGAAACCCACAGACACACAAACUUUCACUUAUAUAUAUAUAUAUAUAUUUAUAUAUAUAUAUAUAUAUAUAUAUAUAUAUAUAUAUAUAUGGUAAAAUAUAUAUAUAUGGUAGAAUAUGAUAUAUAUACAUAUAUAUAUAUAUUUAUGUGAUGAUUAUUAUUUAAUAGUUUGCAUGAUGAUAGAUAAUAAAGAAAGUAGUUAGAGGAAAUAUUAUACAAAUAUAAGUUAUUCGCGAAAUAAUACACUGCAGAUUAUGAGAAGUUAUUUUUUUACAGGAUCGGAGACAUGGAUUGGAGCCGACAACAAGACGGGAACAUGGACUUGGUUAUCUACAGGUCAAAAAGCAAC